GUACUGGACCAUGCGGAUAAGCGCUGGUAAUUAAAAGGUGCAUGGGGGCGUCGGCUAAAACUCUAACCUCAAAAAUUCUAACCUCAACAACUGUAAUAAUAAGUUCAUGCCGAAGACUGAGAUCUCCGCUAUGCUUUUGUGUCUAAGAACAGCAUCCAGUCUUCACAAAUCUCCUUCGACCCUUUUGCCCCGUACGCAGAUCAAAUUCAAAUUUCCAUCUGCCACCCGAUUCUUCUGUAUCAAACAGUGCUACCACCCUUAUCACCGGACAAUGUCGUCUCUGUCGCAGACAAAACCCGAGCCUUUUUCAAUAGGAACAGCUCUUCGCGGCCGUUCAGGGCGAACAUACAGCAUCCAGGAGGUUCUUUCUGAGCGACGAGAUCCAUUAUUAUGUGUCUACCGGGCGAGUGACAAGGGAGAAAACUUUGUUGUUAAAAACAUGAUACCGGGCGAAUUCGAGUACCAGCAAGAUCUGCAAAAAUCUUUAGCUUCGUGUCCCAACUUGCGGACAGUCAUCGACAUCAUCCCAGACUCGGAACUAUUCGUCUAUCACUUUCUGGCUGCCGACCUCCUUCAGAUUAGCCGGAGGCCCUUGUCGAAGGAGACGAAGAGAAGCAUCCUCAGAAGCGCUCUCACCGGACUAGCCGAGCUUCAUGAUAGAGGGAUCAUCCACACAGACAUCAAACCCAAUAAUAUCCUUCUUGACUAUGAAGAGACGACCGGCGACGAUCUUGCCAUCAAAAGUGUUCAGAUCUCAGACUUGGAGGAUGCAGUACUCCUCCCACCCGACAAGAACCUUAAGGGUUGCCUUUGUGGAAGCCAGCUGUGGCGAAGCCCGGAGUCUUGGGCACGUGCUCGGCAGAACACGCCGUCCGACCUGUUCUCGUUCGGGGUGGUAGUCGUCUACGUGAUGCUCGACGACAUGAUCUUUCGCGUGAGCGACGAAGAGCUGCGUGGGGAUGACGCUUGGCGGCAUAUUCUCCGGAGACAUAUAUCUUAUUUCGGAGACGAGGACGGCUUCAAGGGCCUGCUUCAGCACGUUGGAGAGGAGAAUGUGUUUUUCGACCGGCUCAUCGCUCUCGCAAUUGACUUUGAUGCCGAGAGACCGAGAAAGCCUUUUGCGCUGUGGCAUUACGUGGACGCGGAGCUCAGGGAUUUGGUUAUGAAGAUGACAAACUUGGAUCCGGCGAGGAGGAUCGUUGCGCGGGAGGCUCUCGAUCAUCCUUGGUUCCGCCAAGCCGACUCGAGGAAGAAGACUUGGAAUUGCGAUUGGGUUUAGAAUCGACGCUCAUCUUCUUUUGCAAGACACUUGGUACUUAGCUUGUGCCUUGAGGAACGAAAGGUUCUUCCUUCCGCGCCCUUAGUAAACUCGGGCCAUCAAAAGAUCCGUGAGAGCUGCCUACACAGCAUUAAAGUCAUCCUCCUCUCUUGCUGCUCGGGGCCCGGUCAUACUUUGGCGCGCCACAAGGCUGCGUGACCGCCGGGCUGGAUUCGAGACUACGAGUUAGAAGGCAUCUGAGACCCCGACUCUACCUAUCUCUACAGUUUUUUCUGGUUC